AUGUCGAACCCAGCCCAAGCCGCAGCGGCAUCCAGACCAGCUCUUCCGAACGAGCUUCUGUUGGAGAUCUUCAAUCACUCUGUACCACCAACUCUAGACGUGCUGAUCGUUGCCGACCAUAUCCAAAUGAGACAAGAUCUUAGGACCGGUCUGGGGCACAACUACCCACCAACGCCACCCGAUCUUGCUGUCACAAACAUUGCUGAGUGGCGGUCUACCCGCGGCCUUCUCAACCUCGAUCAAGGGAUGUCUUGUCUUACCGGCCGCAAGUCCAAGGCUAAUCUUCCAUCUACCAUGCGUAUCCGAUUCAAGAACAGCACCAGUCAUCCCGGCGCCAAAGAGAGCAUAUCUGACAUCAUAUUGGCCAAGUUCGAGCGACUGACUAUUGAGAUCCCAGCUCUUAUCACAUACGACACCUGGGAUCUGCAGGUGGGCUACCUCAUCCUGAACUACAAGUAUGAGCAACAGGGGUGGAGCUGCGAUGUAGAUGGAGCGGCAUGGCACUCGGUUGAUGAUGGUGUGCUGGACGACUAUGCUUCAUCCGCGGCGACGCACGUCGACUUGUCGAACAUUACGCAAAUCUUGGCUCAACGCAUCGAUACCCGUCUUCCAGAGAGCAUGCGUACGUCCAAGGUGAGUACGACGUGGUUGCGAAAGUAUCGGGCCCAUGUAGUACGGAGGUUUCGCGAAGUUCCAAAGGGUAUGGGUGCAAGUUUAAGUGUGUGGAGACCACUCCGUCUGGAAUACUUUAACGAUGGGUUGAAACACGUUGCGAUGUGGGAAAAAGCAACCGACAAGUCCAAAUUGUUGUACGCUCGUGUCUCGCAUGGUUAG